AUGACCUACUCGGAGGCAUUAACCGCCGCGGCCGCGGCCGAGUCGACCAAGAAGCCGAUAUGGCCGGUGGUAUUAGGGGUGUUAGCCUGGGUAUUCUGGUCGAAUCUGACCAUCCUCUUCAAUAAGUGGUUGAUCGAGUCGACCGAGUUCCCCAUCAUCCUCACAACCUGGCACCUCCUCUUCGCGACCCUGGCCACACAGCUCCUCGCGCGCACCACCACCCUCCUCAACAGCCGGCACACCCACCACAUGACCCCGCGCACCUACCUCCGCCAAAUCGUCCCCAUCGGUCUGUUGUAUAGCGGCAGCCUAGUCACCAGCAACCUCACCUACCUCUAUCUGAAUGUGUCCUUCAUCCAGAUGCUCAAAGCCGGCGGACCCAUCAUCACCCUCCUGACCAGCUGGGGCUGGCGCGUCGCGCGCCCCUCCCUCGAAUCCUUUCUGAACAUUCUGGUCAUCGCUUUUAGUGUCGGGCUGGCCGUCGCCGGCGAGGUGCAGUUCGUCUGGACGGGGGUGGUGUUCCAGGUUGCCAGUUUGGUGUUCGAUGCGAAUCGGUUGGUGAUGAUUCAGAUUCUGUUGAGUGAGAACGGGGAGUCCGCCGAGAAGGGCCAGGGCCAUUCCCAUAAGAUGGAUCCCCUGGUCACGCUGUAUUACUCGGCGCCGGUGUGCGCGCUGACGAACGCGUUGAUCGCGGUGGGUAGCGGGGAGGUGGGCGGGUUCGAGUGGGGGAUCGUCGAGAGGACGGGGUGGGGCGUGCUGCUCGCCAAUGCGGGGGUGGGCUUCAUGUUGAAUGUGUCGAUUUUCGUGCUGAUCGGGAAAACGUCCGGACUGACGAUGACGCUGGUGAGCGUGCCCAAGAACAUCCUGUUGAUUGUCUGCUCAAUCGUCAUCUGGGGCUCCCCGGUGAGUUCGUUGCAGGUGGUCGGGUACGGGAUUGCGUUGUUGGGAUUGUUGUAUUAUUCGCUCGGGUGGCGGACGAUUCAGCCGCUUUGCGAGGCGGCCAGCACCAAGCUGAGGGGCUGGCGGCGCGGGGAGGUGUAUAAGUAUGAGCCGGUUUAG